CAUUUUCUUUGUCAAAGAUCUCUUAGCAACGACGCUUUCACAUUACCCCAGUUCUCCCGCCAUGGAUAACCGUGUCGCCCGCCGAACCGAGAUCCUUACCAACCACCUCCUCCGCCGUGCACUGCCGCCUUCCUCCGUCCUGCAGCCCCACUGCUGCCUGAGUUACUCCCCUCCGGAGCUCUCUAACGAAAUUGCGUUUGACACGCGGGAGAUGCGGAGGUUAAUGGACGGGCACAAUCUGGAGGACCGCGAUUGGCUCUUCUCUGUCAUCGUGCAGAGCGCACUCUUCAACCGCCGGGAUCGCGCCGGCAGAAUAUUCGUCUGCCCCGAUUACAACCAGUCCAUGGAGCAGCAGCGCGAAGUCACCUUGAGGCGCAUCGAGUAUCUUGUGGAGAGAGGGGUUUUUCGAGGGUGGCUCAUUGGCGAGGGCCCGGAGGAGGAGCUGAAGAAACUCGCGCUCCAUGAGGUUAUAGGGAUGUAUGAUCACUCCCUUGCUGUUAAGCUUGGGGUUCACUACUUCCUAUGGGGAGGGGCCGUGAAGUUUUUGGGAACCAAGCGCCAUCAUGACAAGUGGUUAAGUGCUACGGAAAACUAUGACUUGAAGGGUUGUUUUGCUAUGUCUGAGUUGGGCCAUGGAAGUAAUGUGCGAGGAAUUGAAACAAUCACUACUUAUGAUUCAAACACUGGAGAAUUUGUCGUCAAUACUCCAUGUGAAUCGGGUCAGAAGUAUUGGAUUGGUGGUGCAGCAAAUCAUGCAACACAUACUAUAAUCUUUUCACAGCUCUAUAUAAAUGGAAGCAAUCAAGGGGUGCAUGCAUUCAUUGCUCAAAUCAGGGAUUCAGAUGGAAACAUAUGUCCAAACAUUCGAAUAGCUGAUUGUGGUCACAAAACUGGUUUAAAUGGAGUUGAUAAUGGCCGUAUCUGGUUUGAUAAUGUGAGGAUACCUCGGGAGAAUUUGUUGAAUUCUGUCGCUGAUGUUUCCCCAACUGGUGAAUAUUUGAGUGCCAUAAAAAAUGUUGACCAGAGGUUUGCUGCUUUCUUAGCCCCUUUGACCAGUGGUCGCGUUACUAUUGCUGUUAGUGCUGUUUAUAUGUCCAAGAUUAGCUUGGCCAUUGCUAUAAGAUAUGCACUGACAAGGCGGGCAUUCUCCAUUACACCAAAUGGGCCUGAAGUUUUACUGCUUGAUUACCCUAGUCAUCAACGGCGUCUGUUACCUUUACUUGCAAAGGUAUAUGCAAUGAGUUUUUCCGCAAAUGACCUCAAAAUGAUGUAUGUUAAAAGAACACCCAAGUCAAACAAAGCAAUUCAUAUUAUUUCUAGUGCAUACAAGGCUACUUUUACUUGGAAUAAUAUGCGUACUCUCCAGGAAUGUCGUGAAGCCUGCGGAGGCCAAGGAAUUAAAUCUGAAAAUCGUGUUGGUCAUUUCAUGGGUGAAUUCGAUGUGCAAUCGACAUUUGAGGGGGACAAUAAUGUUCUGAUGCAGCAGAUUAGCAAGGCACUCUUUGCAGAAUACGUAGCAUGUCAGAAGCAAAAGAAACCUUUCAGUGGUUUGGGAUUAGAGCACAUGAACAAACCUUUACCUGUUAUCCCAUCUCACCUAACAACUCCAACCAUUAGGAGCAGUGAAUUUCAGAUUGAUCUGUUCCACCUAAGAGAGCGAGACCUAUUGAGGCGCUUUGCCGAAGAGGUCUCGGAAUACCAAUCUCGUGGAGAAAGCAAAGAGUCUGCCUUCAUUCUAAGUUAUCAGCUAGCAGAGGACUUGGGCAGAGCUUUCUCAGAACGAGCAAUACUGAAAACCUUCAUGGAUGCCGAGUCAACUUUACCAGCUGGUUCACUGAAGAAUGUGUUGGGUCUAUUAAGAUCGUUGUAUGCUGUGAUAAGUGUGGAUGAAGAUGCUACCUUUCUUCGAUAUGGAUACUUGUCAACAGAGAAUGCUUCUGCAGUGAGGAAAGAAGUGCCAAAACUAUGCGCUGAACUUCGACCACAUGCACUUGCCUUGGUCAGUUCCUUUGGUAUUCCUGAUGCUUUUUUGAGCCCUAUUGCAUAUAACUGGGUUGAUUCAAAUUCUUGGUCUUCUUCUCAACUUUAGCAAGCUUAUGCAAAUUUCUGCGUUUGAAUAGUAUCUUUGUUGCAUAUUAUUGGGUCAAUAAAAAGUUAAAGAACAAAAUAAAAACUUGGUAUUUGAGGGAAACCAAGACCAGAUCAUUCGGAUUGAGUUUCAUCUGUACCAUUUAGUAAAUAACUGUUAAGGUAUUUGAAUAUGACAAAUGUACCUCAGUCACAUCUUUAUAUUUUAUUCAAUUAGAAAUUGCAAUGCCUAAUAUUUCUUAUUAAAGUA